AUGCUGGUCACCUUUAACCCUAACUGUGUGGACCCUUUGGGAAGACGAGCAGUGACUAUUGCAAUAGAGUACGACCAGAUUGAGAUACUGGCCCUUCUGCUGCGACAUAAUUUAGAGCUUGGAGAUGCCCUACUUCAUGCAAUCAGUGAAGAAAACAUAGAGGCUGUUCAUAUGAUCGUGCAAGCUCAAGAGGAUAGGCACGCGGAAAGGAGUACAGAGAUGCAUUUUGGUAGGACAACUUAA